AUGUCGACUCUAUUUUUGAAAUCGCGUCAAUUGUUCGCAGGUUCAUUUCUCAUGCAAACUCGUCAAUUCUCGUUCAAAUUUUCACGAGUCCUUUCACCUCUUGGAAGUCACAUGUCUAUUGAUCCGGAAAUUGUAAAGCAAGAAAAAGAAAAGGUCGUGAAGAGAGAAAAAACGAGUACAAUUAAAUCAGCUCCAGGGUGGAGUGAAAAUUUAGCAUCCGAAAGCGAAGCAGCGGUCAAAGCGGAGAGAGAUCAUUCGGUUACCAUCGAAGAUUUGCAAAAUCAUUCGAUUAAUAUUAUUGAACAACAUCAUGGUGAUAGACAAGAACAACCGCGACAAGAACAAUAA